AUGAAAAGGCUGCAGCUCCUUCGAUGGAGCAGUUCGGUCCGUUCACCACGGCCACGAACUAACAGCCGCUUGCACCAGCGUGUAUGUGCUAGUUUACGGUAUCAAUCGACAUCUUCACCUGUUACUCAGGCCGAAGAACACCAGUCGAUUGAAGAGCAAUCUUUGCGUUCACCAAUACCUCCUUCCAACUCACGACAGUCGAGAUACCUCCUCCCUUCUCCCCCGGUUGAAGCCGCGCGUGAGUCCGCAAAACUUGCCGCGCUCCAUGCACGACUUUACCUCCCAUCUCGAUUACCCCUAGAAACACUAGCUCGUGCACUGGUAGACGCUUCAGCGGACCCGAAUCCAGAUUUCAACAAUGAAUCGCUGGCUACGUUGGGCCAUGACCUUCUCACGAACUACACCUCCGAACACCUCAUAUGCACAUAUCCCCGACUUCCUCUGACUGUAAUCUUUGCGGCCAUGUAUGCGUAUGUCGGACCGAAAACACUUUCCGCGAUGGCUAGGGAAUGGGGUGUCGAGAUGGCUUCGAUUACAUCCAGAGUCGUCUACGAUAACGAGUUCGGUGAUCCGGUCAAGGAAGUCGCCGACUCAGCGGCCCAGGCUGUCUCUGAAACCCACGGCGCUCAAGGCGUCACGGCCGAACAAGCCAGUGCUACCUUCGUGCGCGCCGUCAUGGGCGCCAUCUAUCUGCAUGCUGGCCGCCCUGCUGCCAAGCGUUUCUUUGAGCAGCAUAUCUUGUCACGACACCUCAACAUCUCCGAGUUGUUCAAUUUCUCCCAGCCAGCUCGUGACCUCACCCGGUUGUGUGCGCGAGAGAACUUCGAACGCCCUGUCGCCAAAAUCAUCAGUGAAACUGGUCGUAAGAGCAGACACCCUGUCUUUGUUGUCGGUAUCUACUCUGGUCAGGAUAAAUUGGGCGAAGGCGCUGGCGCCAGUCUGAUGGAGGCCCGAUCGAGGGCUGCCGUGGCCGCCCUCAAGGGCUGGUAUUUGUACAGCCCGCUGAACGUUCGUGUGCCCAGCUCGAUGGAAGAAGAGGGCGCUGCGCCCUGGAAGCCUGUUUAUGUCGACUUGGGCGAGGUGAUUGUGUAA